AUGGAGUGUUCCCGCUCAGUGGACCCAGGCAGCCUCGUUGCCAGGUAUUCUUUGGAAGGAGCCCCAAGAGCGGCUGGCGAGGGGGAUGGGCAGCAGCAGCAGGUGAGUGUGAAACUGAAGAAUUACCAGCAUGUCCUGACCAUGGCAUUUGCAGUGAAGGAGAUCAAUGAGAAUUCCCAAACCUUACCAAACCUUACCCUGGGAUUCCACAUCUAUGACAGUUAUUCCAGUGCAAGGAUGACUUAUUACAAUACUUUGAAGCUUCUUUCCACUUGGAAAAGGACCAUUCCUAAUUAUAGCUGUCACAAGACAAAAAAAUUGAUAGCCCUGGUUGGGGGGCUAGACUCUUCCACCUCCUUCUACAUGGCUACGCUUACAGGUCUCUAUAAAUUUCCUCAGAUUGCCUAUUCUGUAUUUGCUCCAAUGAUGAAUGCUAGCAAAUUUCUCCCUUUCUUGUAUAGAAUGAUGCCAAGUGAUAUAGUUCAGUAUUCAGGCAUUGUACAACUUCUUUUGCAUUUCCAGUGGACUUGGGUUGGGAUCAUUGCAACAGAUGAUGAUGAUGGAGAAAAUUUUGUACAGACCUUAACUCCACUGCUCUCUCAGCAUGGCAUCUGCCCAGCCAUCAUUGCAAAUAUACCAACAUUAUCUCAUUAUUUAAACUACUAUGACUUAUUGAUGCACACCUCACCUGAAUCCAUGUUAUUAAUCUCAUCUGAAGUUAAUGUGUUUGUGCUACAUGCAAACCAUAGAACUAUAACAUGUAUUAAAUGGUUGAUGUAUAUGUAUGAGCUCCUGGAAGAAUAUGAUACUAAAUCAGUAAAUAAAAUCUGGAUUAUGACAGCCCAUUGGGAUUUCUCAACAGACCUAUUGCAGAAAAGUUUUGAUAUGAUGUUCUUCCAUGGUGCCUUAUCUUUUGCAAUUCACUCCAAUGAACUGCUGGGGUUCACCCAUUUUCUGCAGGAAUUAGAUCCUCAUUCAGAUAACAAUGAUCGAUUUAUCCAGAUUUUCUGGCAACAGGCAUUUGGCUGUUCAAUUUCUAGUCAUAAUGAAAAAGAAUGCACCUGGCAAGAGAAGCUGAGCAAUUUGCCAGGAGUUGUUUUUGAAAUGAGCAUGACUUCCCAGAGUUACAGAAUUUACAAUGCUAUUUAUGUCUUAGCAUAUGCUUUGCAUGACAUCUACAAACCCAGUCCACAAACAAGAGCUAUAUUUAAUAGACAUCAUCUGGAUCAGAAACCUUGGCAGAUUAACCCCUUCCUGAGGAGCAUCACUUUUAAUAAUAGUGCUGGGGAUAUUGUGUCUUUCAAUGAAAAUGGUGAAUUAACAGCUGGAUAUGAUAUUCUAAACUGGGUUGUUUUUCCAAACCAAACCUUUGUAAGAGUGAGAGUAGGAAAGAUGGAUCCACAGGACAAAGAACUCAUCAUUAAAACAGAUAACAUCACAUGGCGUAAUUCAUUUAACCAGUUAAUACCAUCUCACUGCUUUCAGGAUCCAUCAGAUGCAGAUGAUUGUUUCCAAUGCCCAGAAGAUCAUUAUUCAAACAAAAACAAAGAUCAAUGCCUUCCUAAAAGAAUGAACUUCCUCUCUUUCACUGAACCUUUGGGGAUCACAUUACUUUCUUUGGCUGUGAUGUUAUCUGUAAUCACAGUUUGGGUCUUUUGGAUAUUCACAAUGCAUCAGAACACUCCCAUUGUCAAAGCCAACAAUCGGGAUCUAACCUACUAUCUACUUAUAUCCCUCCUGCUGUGUUUCCACUCCACAUUCCUGUUCAUUGGAAAACCACACACCCUGACCUGCUACUUGAGACAAACCACUUUUUCCAUCAUUUUUUCAGUAGCUAUUUCUUGCAUAUUGGCCAAAACUGUCACUGUGGUACUUGCUUUCAUGGCCACAAAGCCAGGAUCCAAAUUGAAAAAAUGGAUAGGAAAAAAACUGGCCAACUUCAUUCUUCUUGGCUGCUCCCUGAUUCAAGUUGGGAUUUGUGUUGUAUGGUUAUGGACAUUUCCUCCUUUCCUAAAUUUUGACUUUCAUGCUCUGGCUGAAGAAAUUGUGGUGGAAUGUAAAGAAGGAUCAGAUGUUAUGUUUUAUUGUGUUCUGGGUUACUUGAGUUUUCUAGCCAUUGUUAGCUUCACUGUGGCUUAUUUUGCUAAGAAACUGCCUGAUAUUUUCAAUGAAGCUAAAUUUAUCACCUUCAGCAUGUUGGUAUUUUGCAGUGUGUGGUUUUCUUUUAUUCCCUCUUACUUGAGCACCAAGGGAAAAUACAUGGUGGCUGUGGAGGUCUUUUCCAUCUUGGCUUCUAGUGCUGGAUUAUUGGGCUGUAUUUUUUUCCCUAAAUGCUAUAUAAUUCUGUUUCAGCCUGUAUUAAACAGCAAGGAUCUGCUCAUUAGAAAGAAAUAGCAUUCAUGUAUUAGCUGACAUUUACUUUUUUAUUAUUUAACAACAUAUUUUCAUUCAAAAUUCUAUAGAAAGAGCUAUGUAUCAUAUGUCCUUUUCAUUUUGUUGAUUAUAUUUAGCAUGGGUUUCUUUCUACUAAUUGAAUUAAUUAAUUGAAAAUACUUCUGAUGUAGUUUUAAACAUUGGGGUUGAUUCAUAUCUUUGCCAGAAGUGUUAUCAAUUUUUUGUUGGAUAAUGAACUUUUAAAUUUUUCAAUUAUGUUAAAAGUA